GCGGAGAGAGCGGUCGUGGGGCAGCAAAGGUGCCAAGGGUAAGAGAUAAUGGGAGUACACGUUCAUCGAUGCAUGUGCCAGGGCAUGAGCUGCUCCCUCGCCGGCAUCUUUGUCGCUCUCUUCCGUUCUGCUGUGAUGUUCGCAUGGAGCCUUCUCUUGCCCUUGGAUCGGCACGAAGUGCUUCAAGACACUCCAUUAAACCAAGCUGUCGACGAUCACAACGAACUGGUAGGCCACGAGGACUCCUCUGCUUCAGAUAGCCAAUCAUCCCGUGCUUUGACAAGAUCCGCCAGUGCGAAUCAUGCCCAUCACGCCGCCCUGCGUAUGGAAGCUGGAUCUCAUCUCAGCUUGCGAUGCAAGUUGCUGGAACACCCCGAUAGUCACGCCUGCUCCUGCAGCUGCUUGCGCUGCAUGAAGCGCAUGAGGUCCGAGCUGCUGUCGUCCUUUGAGCAAGCGCGAUUGCAAGGCUACAUCGUGGUCACGACAAGAGAAGCGGCGGGGCGACAUCAGCAAGGGAGAAGACGUCGAUCGGUAUUAUGAGACCGUGCGCGAGAGCAGUGUGAGAAGUAUCUAGAGGGGGCGGAGCAUGUUAUCCGAUGUAUAAAGAAUGUAUAUACACAAUCGAAAGAAA